AUGGAACAUGACGAAGUCUCCAUUUUGAGAUCAGAGGACCAGAAUGAUAUUGAGAUGGCUGUUGCAUCUGAGGAAAAAGUCAUCCUUCCUGUUGAUCCACAGCUAAUAUUUAGUUCUGUUUGUACCUUCUCCAAACAAGAAAGUUUUACUGUGGAAUCAGAAGAGCGAUCAAAGUCAGCAAUGAAACUUUCUGGACUCAUAAUUUUCUAUUUAAUAGUCAUGGCAGUGGAGGUCGUUGGUGGUGUGAAAGCCAAUAGUCUUGCAGUUAUUACAGAUGCUGCACAUUUGCUAACUGAUGUUGCUGGAUUCUCUAUUUCCCUUUUCACAGUGUGGGCUUCAGGUUGGGAGGCAACAUCACGCCAGUCUUUUGGAUAUAGUCGCCUUGAAGUUCUGGGUGCCCUUCUAUCUGUUCAGCUCAUAUGGCUGAUCUCUGGAUUCUUAAUUUAUGAAGCAGUUGUCAGAAUUCUUCACAAAAAUGCAGGGGUGAAUGGGGUACUCAUGUUUGCAAUUGCUUUAUUUGGAUUUAUCAUUAAUUUUAUCAUGGUCACGUGGCUGGGUCAUGAUCACUCUCAUCAUGGAUGCCAUGAUCACAAUCAUGAUCAUACUCACGUCCAUGAAGGAGAGGAUCUUUGUGCAACAAAUGAAGGGGAGGGGACUAAGCUGGUAUCGAGUUCUCCAGCAAAGACAAAAAUGUUGAACAUAAAUAUCCAAGGAGCUUACCUCCAUGUCAUGGCUGAUCUAAUUCAGUCUGUUGGGGUGAUGAUUGCUGGAGCAGUUAUAUGGGCCAAGCCAGAAUGGUUAGUGGUUGAUCUUAUCUGCACUCUAGUCUUCUCUACUUUUGUUCUGUUUACUACUGUGCCAAUGCUUAGAGAUAUCUUCUGUAUACUAAUGGAGACGACACCAAGCGAGAUCGAUGUUGGCAGGCUGGAGAGUGGUCUGAAGUGUAUUAAAGGAGUUCAAGAUGUUCAUAACCUGCAUGUAUGGUCCCUAACAGCAGGGAAGUUAAUAUUGUCUUGCCAUGUAAUUGCUGAGCCUGGAGCCAGCUCUACUGAAAUUCUUCAUAGGAUCAAGGACUACUGUGAGAAAACACACAGAAUUCAUAAUGUAACUAUACAAAUUGAGCAGUAG